GGAAGGAACAGAUGUUUCCGACUCGGUUUGUUCGUGGAGAGUCAUUCAAGCAAUGAUUUUCGCAUUCUUGCCUUACUGAUUUUCCCGUCUGAAAUCAUAUUUUGUUGCUUUAUAUUAAAAUCUCGGUCAUGUCAAAUUCUUCGUAGGCCGAUGUUGCUCCAUAAUUAACGAAGUUAUUAUGUUUUUGUUUUUAAUAAAGAGAUAAGGGGCCAGCCCGUGUGGGAUCAGGGUUCAGAGUGCCAUUCCAUUAUGCUACGCGAUUCAUCUCUCGCCUUCGUUGUUUGACUUUUCCUUUCAUUCCUUUUCUAUUAGAGACCACUUCUCCUGCCCCGUUGGUUCAUAUCUUAUAUCAUUUCCUCACCAAUUCUUCAGGACCAAUUCAAUAAUCUUCCCCUUCUGCUUCUUUUGUCCUGAACAGGUCGUCUUUUUCUCUGCCAGCCUCCUUCGCACCAAAAUCCCAGCACAGAAGCAAAGAGAACCUUCUCCGUUGGAUUCACAGAAAUGAUUGAUGAGCCCUGUCAUCGAUUUUGGUCGUGGAUUUUCCACAGAAGCAAAACCUGUGUCCUAGAAACAAAUUGAUACAACUCUUUGGUGGCUUCCUUCUGUAUUUGAUUUUUCUUGUGCUUGUCCUUUUUGUAUUUUGUAAUCAUGGGCUGUGCUAGUUCCAAGCAAAAACGGUGUCGGCAUUGCAACGCUCCGUAUUCCCCUGUGCCGAGAAGUUACUCGAUGCACGUCCACCACCCACCCCAGAAAGAAGGCGAUAGCCACCAUGUCGUCGCUCUCACAUCCACCACAUUGGGUUCCCUCAAGCUCGAUUCUCCUCUCUCAAAUUAUCAGAAAACCCACAGGCUUCCUGAAUUUGGAAGCCAGAAUGGAUUCAAGUUUUCCAACAGCAAAGUCAGCGACAGUGAUGGUUUCAGCUUUGGCGACGGCAAUUCGACUGAAGAAGAGAGGAAGAAGAAGAAGAAGAAUGAGGCAUUACCGGAAAGUGAGAGAAAGAAUAAGGAAUUCUCCAUGGGGCUAAUCGAGGCCAAGACAUGGUCCAGCAUGAUCGAGCAGAAGCUACCAAAAUCUAUUCCCAAGACUCCAACCAGAACUCCUCCAGGUGAACCGGAGACCAUCAACACGUGGGAAUUAAUGGAAGGUCUUGAAGACAUCAGCCCCUACCGAUCACCCAGUCACUUCAGGAGCUUCUCUUUCGAUCAGUCUGUUUCUGCUCCGGCCGAUCCACCUAGGCCAGCUGGUAUGGUACAAGAUGACACUCGGCCCUCCAAACCUCUCUGGCUUCAAAUGACGGAAGAUGAAUUAAAUCCCACUAUCCCCCCUGCAAUUACCGAUUUUGAUCCUGAAGUUAUUUCCUCAUUCAGAAUGUCGUUACAAGAGCUCUCCCCGGACAACCCUUUUCACCUGCGGCGAAUCAAUGAUGAGAAACAAGAUACCAUAACUGCGAAUAACUUUCCUUUUGAUGGCACCAAAGAGAAGAUAAUUGAAGGUGAUACUCUUCCAUACAAGAAAGACAAGGUAGUUCUGUACUUUACCUCCCUACGCGGGGUAAGGAAGACUUAUGAGGAUUGUUGCCAUGUGAGGCUCAUUCUGAAAGGAUUAGGUGUCCGCGUCGAUGAACGAGAUGUGUCGAUGCAUUCGGGGUUUAAGGAUGAGCUCAAAGAGCUUCUGGGUGAUAGGCUUACUGGGAUUGGAUUGCCUGUAGCGUUCGUCGGGGGUAAUUUCAUUGGGGGAGCUGAGGAAAUUCAAAAAUUGCAUGAAGAUGGUAAGCUUGAAAAAUUACUCAAUGGCUGUGAAAGAAUUGAGAACGAGUGUGGAAUUAGUACUGACAUAUGUCAAGCCUGUGGAGAUAUUCGAUUUGUGCCUUGUGAAACAUGCUCCGGAAGCUGUAAAAUUUAUUUGGAAGCUGAUGAAGAAGAUGAAGAUGGUGAAGCAACUGACUAUGGAUUCCAGCGGUGUCCUGAUUGUAAUGAAAAUGGGUUAAUCCGCUGCCCACUCUGUUGCUCAUAAAUUGCAACUUUCAAUUACAUUUUAACAGAGGUAAUUUUUCAGUCUUCUGGGUGUAUGUUUUGUGGGUUCUUUAUUAUACAUUGAAAUUUUGGUGUCAGAGAUAUGUAGGAAGGGGCAUGGGUGAACAAUAAUCUUUCACUCUUUCUGUACAACAAAUACAGUUUAAAAUGUAUACUUUUUGGUUCUUCUUCUUCU